CAGCGGGUCUGCAAGUGUCUCAUGGAAGCUGGAUCGACACAUGCCAAGUGGAUGCGACUCAUAGAGUGAGUGCAGUCUCAUCUUUGGGCCUAGACACCACGCCCGCAACCUGAUCCAUCAUUCCAGCACAAACUCGCUAACCUGACCACAGCAGACGGCAGCUCCAUCCAGCAUGACGCUUGGGCCCACCCAAUCUCUGCCGCAGUCAACAUGACCGCGAUAACAAAAGUCUACAGCACCGCACAGUAACUUCUCAAUUGCUACGACAUUGCGUCCAGUGGCAACAUCACAUCGCAUACCCUGCCAAGCUUUGCUCGCCAGCACGGAAAGAAGGCACAAACACACGCCGGUGUAUUCCGUUGGUGGUCGCAUGAGCGCCGAAUAUUAAAGUGCGCCUGGCGUCUUCCACGGAGACUCAAGGCCAACCCCUCGUCAGAUCCACACAAACCAACAGCCGGAGGCGGCAUCACUUCCUUGCCGUCGCAAGGCAAUGCAAUACAUUGCAGAUCAAGACUGCUCUAUGCGUGUGUGCGCACUCGUUCCAGCAGUGCAGUAGCGUCAAGCAUACGGUGCGCCAAGCGUCUUGCCGAGGGCCCUCAUUUAGUCACCGUGCUCGCCUCCGACCUCGGUAGUGCUUGUGGUGCGACCUCUCCAUCUCGUGCUAUCUCGUCAAGAUGAUAGGGCGAGAUUGAAACCUUGGCCUCUCUCUGAUGGCACACAUGCAGACAAAUCUAUUUGCUGCAGGAUACAUAUCCCAUCAAUGGCUGACCAUUGAUGACGGCCAGCGCCAAGCUGCAGCAACACCCUCACACCGCACAGCCAGAUCUUUGAGAAGAGCCAUGGCAUCACGACCUGUUGCUGAUAGAGUAUAUGGCUGUGUUGUUGACCUCGCAACGCAGAUCGAGCUUCUUGGCAGGUCCGACAAUUGCAUUAGAAUGCGAGGCCAGCAAAAGUGAGGUCGCUCUACGAUAGUUGGCUCACCGUUCCUUAGCUGGGUAGCAUGCGAGCCGUGCCGAGCCAAGAUUAGGUAACAGGGUGUCUGUCUGCUGUCUGCGGUCGGUUGCUACCGUAGAUACCCAUCGCCAUCGCUGCGCCAAAUAGAUGGCUCGAAACGGCCAGUGAUACCGAUAUACCGAUAUAGGAGUCGGAUCAAAAGUAACUUUGAGCGGGAAGAAAAGGCCUUACGAUUCAUCCAUCCAAUGCUGUCGCACUGGGACUCACCAUUGGCAGCGCCAAGUGCGACGAGUGCGAGCAGUCAAGGAAGCUUGGCAAGGUGGAAGUGGCCCCUUCGCGUAGACGAAUUCAAUAAUCGGAGCCUCACGGCCACUAUGGGCGACAAGCACGGACUUGUAUCGUAUCAAGGUGGGGGUUUGCACAAUGCUGUGCGCACCAACCUCGCUUCUAGAUUACCGUGCCUCCGUCGCACGCCGCGCAGUCGUGAGUGGCGUCGUAGUGACCAGUGUCAGCAUCCGGGUGGCAUACAGCAGAUGCUGCUGUAUACCCUGCAGCGUGCACUCGUCAGUCAUGCCUCGCGACCAGCAAGCGCCUUGCGGAUCUGCGUCAGCACCUCACGGGGACUUAUCAUCGUCAAUCCGGUGCGACAAUCUGUAUCAUGGACCCAGGCAUGCCGUGGGACGGGGGCUCAAAGUCGCCUGGUCGUAGUGUGCUGAAUGACUGCGGCCAGCAGUUUGCAAGUCGCGGUCGUUGUGCUUCAACGCGCUGCAUUAGGCCAGGCCUUCGGCGCAGUCUGCGCAGAGCAGACGGUCCGUAAGCAGCGUAGCCUUCAUAUAUAUACACCUGACUUGUUCCUUGCUUCUUGAUCAACUUGAGCCAACACUCAAGACUGACGGACCCCACUUUCGACCGUAUUUUGCUACUGUGGCCCUGAUCAGCGGCUCACGCUAACGCCCUUUCGCUCAACGCUAGCUCUAGCACGGUCUCCCGCUUAAAUAAGACCGCUGUCACUUGGACGAACGGUCGACGUGUGCCUCGAUCCCUACCACUGCCCCCAAUCUCCACUCUCAUCGCUUGCCGUGGUUGCAUCAGACACCCGCCCUCGUCCGCUACUCGCUCAAACACGCUCCUUGAACCUUUACGAUCUCAUCA